GUUCCAUUUCUGACAACGCGGCAUCAACUCCGUGCCUCCCAGCCUAGACGCGUGGCCCAAGUUUCCUCGCCUGGUGACCACGUUUAGAGUGCCUUUUCUCAGUGAUGCUCGUGCCGUUUCACCCCGUUGCGCUGUGCUGAGGGCUGUUUCCUGGCCACUCUCAGGAAGUGACGACUCUUCCCGCUGGUCUUCCGUGUCGGAUUAUGCAGUGUGAUGGAUCACUUAAAUCUGUGCUGAUCUGUAUUUUUGGGGGGUCAAUUUAAAUUGGACUGGACUCUCAGAUGCCCCUGUUGAUGACUUGAAUUGUGUGAGCGCCCUCGUGUUGUUUUCCCAGCCACAAAGUAACCCCAGUUAUCACCUCGGCUCUCCCGCCAAAUCCCCCUGCAAGAAUGGCCAAAGUGUCCGCCUCGGAUACCGCCGUGCAGCCGCGCGUGAGCUACACGGAGCCCACGGAGCCCGCCGAGGCGCGCAGCGACGGCGUGGAGAUGAAGAAGGAGCUGAGCCUGCUGGACGGCGUGGCCAUCAUUGUGGGCGUGAUCAUUGGCGCCGGGAUCUUCGUGUCGCCCAAGGGCGUCCUGCUGUACAGUGGCUCCAUCGGCCAGGCGCUCAUCGUGUGGAUCCUCUCGGGCGUCCUCAGUAUGGUGGGCGCGCUGUGCUACGCCGAAUUGGGCACAAUGAUACCCAAAUCCGGAGGUGAUUAUGCGUACAUUGGCGUGGCGUUCGGACCCCUGCCGGCCUUUCUCUACCUCUGGGUCGCGCUGCUCAUCCUGGUGCCCACCGGCAACGCCAUCACCGCCCUCACGUUCGCGCAAUACCUGCUGCAGCCCUUCUACCCCAACUGCGACGCCUCGUUGGACGCCGUGCGCCUUCUCGCGGCCGUGAUCACGUGCCUCCUCACCACCAUCAACUGCUACAACGUGAAGUGGGUGGCUCGCGUGACGGACAUCUUCACGGGCAUGAAGAUCCUGGCGCUGCUGGUGAUCGUGGCCGUGGGAAUUUGGUACCUCGUCGGCGGCAACACGCAGAAUCUGGAGAACCCAAUGGCGGGCUCCAGCUCGUCGCCUGGCUACAUCGCGCUGGCCUUCUACAACGGCCUCUUCUCGUACUCCGGCUGGAAUUACCUCAACUUCGUCACGGAGGAGCUCAAGGAUCCGUACCGGAAUCUGCCGCGCGCGAUAUGCAUCAGCAUGCCCGUGGUCACGAUCGUCUACGUGAUCACGAAUGUGGCCUAUUUCGCCGUGCUGUCUCCGGACGAGAUCCUCUCCUCACUGGCCGUGGCUGUGACCUUUGCCGACAAGAUGCUGGGCUACGCGGCCUGGAUUAUGCCGCUGUUUGUCGCCUGCUCAACUUUCGGCUCGCUCAACGGCGCCAUCUUCGCCUCGUCGCGCCUCUUCUUCGUGGGCGCCAGGAAUGGCCAUCUGCCGGCCGCCAUCUCGCUAAUCAAUCUCAACUACUUGACGCCUGUGCCUUCGUUGAUCUUCCUCUGCAUCAUCACACUGGUGCUGCUCUUCAUCGACGACGUGUACGCAUUGAUAAACUACGUGAGCUUCGUGGAGGCUCUCUUCAUACUCAUCUCCAUCUCAGGACUCUUGUACCUGCGCAAGAAGCAGCCGGAUGCCAAGAGGCCCAUCAAGGUGAAUCUCAUUCUUCCGCUCACAUUCCUCCUCACGUGCGGCUUCCUCGUCAUCUCCUCCUGCUACGUGUCGCCCUUCGAGGUGGGCAUCGGCACAGCCAUCAUCCUGUCCGGGAUCCCAGUCUACUACGCCACAAUCCACAAACCGAACAGCGGACUGACCGCCGCUUCGCAGAAGCUGAACAACUUCUGCGCCAAACUUUUCGUCUGUAUGCCAAAUACGGAGAAACUCGACUGAUAUUUGGGACCACUUCCACCGGCUGAGCCACCAAAACCUGAAGGAGAGCGAGAUAAAUUAUAAUCGAUUUUGAGAAGUGCAUAAAAUAAAAAUUCUGAGGGAAAUUGUAAA